CUGUCGCAAUAUCGCCUGGCGGUAAAAGCGCAAACGGUGACCAGCGACGUGAAGCUGGGUGACAGCAUCUCGGUUAACGGUGCGUGCCUGACGGUGGUGGAGUUCGAUUCCGGCAGUUUCGCCGUGGACUUGGCUCCGGAAACUUUACGCCGCACUUCGUUGGGUCAAGUCUCUGCGGGCGGCGCGGUUAACCUGGAGCGGGCGUUGCUGGCGUCGGACCGCAUGGGCGGCCACAUCGUUCAGGGGCACGUGGACGGGACUGGGACGGUGUCUGGAUUUAUUUCGGAAGCGGACUGUUACAUCAUGGAAAUUGAAGCCCCGUCGUCGCUGGUUCCCUACAUCGUCGAGAAGGGGUUUAUCUCGGUUGACGGGAUUAGCCUCACAGUGGUACAAAGAACGAACAAUCUUUUCACCAUUUCGGUGAUACCUUUUACAAUGCAAAACACAAACCUGCACGAGCGGAAGGUUGGCGACGCGGUAAACUUGGAAGCAGAUAUUCUGGCCAAGUAUGUGGAAAGUCUACUGGCCGCCAAACCAACCAACCUGGUGUAG